AUGUUGGGAGUGAAAAGAGUUCUGAAACAUGAUAAAUACCUCGGUCUGCCUACCGAGCUAAGUUAUUCAAAGGAUGAAGCUUUCAGAUUUCUAGUUGAUAGAGUGAGGAAACAGACUCAGGGGUGGCGAGAUAAGACCCUCAGUGGUGCUGGAAAGGAAGUGUUAAUUAAGUCCAUCAUACAAGCUAUACCCACGUACGUUAUGAGUUGUUUUGAGCUUCCUGGACAUCUAUGCAAUGAAAUGCAUCAGUUGAUGGCCAAAUUCUGGUGGGGGGAGUUUGGAGAUGAGAGAAAGAUCCGCUGGAUUGCUUGGGACAAACUAUGUUCGACAAAGAAGGAGGGUGGGCUAGGUUUCAGGGACAUUAAUGUUUUUAACCGUGCUCUCCUAGCUAAACAAGGGUGGAGAAUGAUAUGCAGACCUCAGUCUCUCCUUGCACAGGUGGGAAAUGGUGAGAUGAUAAGUAUUUGGAAUGAUCCAUGGGUGCCUCUCCCAUACAGUUUCAAACCUUUCUCGGAUCCGAUGCAGGGCUCUGAAGAUAUGAGAGUGUGUGAUCUUAUUGACGGGGAUAUUGGGGAAUGGAAUGUAGAGGUGAUUGAGGACCUCUUUAACCCGAUGGAAAUUGAUCUCAUUCUCAAAAUUCCACUUAGUUUAUAUGGAGGCGAGGACCGGCUGGUUUGGCAUUUUGAUAAAAAGGGCUGCUAUACGGUGAAGAGUGGGUACUAUGUUGGCAGGUUAGUGGAAGGGUUGGAGAAGCAAGCUUCAGGGUCUGACUCGAGGGUGAAGCGUGGAAGAUUAUGGUGUAAACUUUGGAGUGCUCAGGUACCUCCUAAGGUACAUAUGCAUGGUUGGCGUUUGGCACAGGGAACAUUACCCACUAGAGCUGCCUUGAUAAAGAAAAAGGCUCAGCUCCCAGAUGUCAGUUGUGUGUUUUGUUUGAAUAGUGUUGAGGAUAGCUUACAUCUGUUUAAAAACUGCAAUGCACUUCGUGCCUUUUGGAAGCAAUAUAUGCUACAAAUCCAGCCUUAUACCCACCCCUCUGUGAGUAUUGAAGUGUGGUUUUGGGAUAUGAUAGAUAUGUUGAGUGGUGAGACACUAGGGGCUUUUUUAAUGGCAUUGUGGGUGAUUUGGGUGGAACGGAAUAAUAUGGUGUGGAGAGGUAAGUACUAUAAUGCUGCCAAUAUGUUUGAAUGGUCCACCACUUUGCUCAGGGAGUACAAAGAGUGUCACCAACAUAGUGGAAGCAAGAAGAAGAGAGCUAUAUCAAAAUGGUCAUGUCUCCCACGUGGUAGACUCAAGGUAAAUAUAGAUGGGAGCUUUGAGCAGGAACUUGGCAGUGGAGGUGUGGGUGUGGUAGUUAGAAACUAUGAGGGAGAGUGUGUUGCUACUUUUGCUAGGCCUUUUCAGUAUGCUUUAUCUGCUUUUCAUAUGGAAGCGGAAGCUCUUAGAGCAGGUAUGCUAAUAUGUAUUCAGCAAGGGUGGGAAGAUGUUGAAGUCGAAAGUGAUUGUGUGAAUUUGGUACAUGCACUCCAAAACACUGAUGACGAUCUCUCUAUUGCAGGAAGAGUUAUAGAGGACUGCCAAAGUGAAGCAAAUAGUGUGGCAAAUAGAUUGGCCCGCUUUGCUAGAUGUAAUAAGUUGGAUGUUUUCAGUUUAGAUGAGACACCUGUUAUUAUUCAGGAUGUUCUCUAUGAGGAUCUUUGUAAUAGCUCUUUUGUAGCUCGGGGUUCAGAAUUGAUCGGUAUGUUUGGCAUUGGAAAUCAAGAUUAUUCUGGGGUCGUGACGAGGGUGUACUCCUCUUCCUCCUUACAAGGACCGGAAGAAAGGUUUGGUUAUUAUGAACUGUUCGAGUCUAAUGGAGAACUCUUAUCAGCAAUUCGUUAUUAUAAAAGUUAUCAGUUUGGUUCUUAUUAUUGGCGUGCCUACCAGUUUGAUCCGUUGAGAAAAGAUAACAGGAAUCAUUGGAUUCCUAUAGAGAGCUUGGGAAAUAGGAUAUUGGCUAUCAGCACCUGGCGUUGCGACUUCAGCCGUGACUGCUUGGUAGUUGUUAUACAUGAAGCCAAGGAAUGUGCAGACAUGAUAAUUGACGGCAACACCACCUUUAUUCGGGAAACUGAUGAUCGAGGCAGCUUUUGGAGAAAGGAUAAGGAUCAUGAAUGGAAUUUCAUGAGACCUUCAGUAACUUGUAUCGGACCCAUUCUGUUUGCAUGA